AUGCAUGGAGUUUGCCUUUUGCCACAAGGGAUAAAACCUCACCUCGACAUCUGUUACCAUCGCUACAUGGAUCAGAACAAGACCACACUGACUGCAGCAAUCACGAAGGUACUAGCUGAAGUAGGUGAGUAUGAAGACAUUGACAACGCUCCAGAGGAGAAAGCCCGAGGCAUCACCAUCAACUCUUCCCACGUGGAGUACACAACUCCUUAAGCUCACACUGACUGUCCUAGUUACGCCCACUACGUUAAUAAUAUGAUGUUGUGGACGGCGCAGUUGGGUGGAUGUAUCCUGGUUGUCACGACCACAGACAGACAGAUGCCUCAGUCGAGAAAACACCUGCUCCUCCCCAAACAGAUCAGCAUCCAGCAUAUUAUGGUGAAUAUAAACAAGGCUGAUGCGGGGGAGGGUAAGGAGAUACUGGAACUGGUGGAGCUGGAGACUCAGGAGCUGCUGACAGAGUUUGGUUACGAUAGGGAGAAUGUACCUGUAAUCAUCAACUCAGCACUGUGCGCUCUGGAGAACCGAAGUCUGAACAUCGGGACGGUUUCUGUCCUGAAGCUGUUGGAUGGGGUGGAUAAUUACAUCCGACUCCCCAGCCGUGAUCUGGAUUAUUCCUUCCUGCUUCCCAUUGAGCAGAUCUAGUCUAUCCCAGGCCGGGUCACUGUAGUGACCGGGACCCUGGAACGUGGUGUGAUAAAGAAAGGUGACGGGUGUGAAUUCAUUAGACACAACAAGAACAUUCAUUCAGUGGUCACUGGUAUAGAGAUGUUCCAGCAGAACCUGGAGUGAGCGGAGGCCGGGGAUAACCUGGGGCUGGUUUGGGGGUUGAAGCGAGAGGAUGUUCGCUGAGGGAUGGUCCUGUGUAAACCCGUGUCCAUCAAACCUCACCAGAAGGGCAGCCAGGUGUACGUGUUGAGUAAGAAGGAGGGUGGACGACACAAACCCUUUAUGUCUGAUUUCAUGCCUUUGAUGAUCUCUAUCUCGUGGGACAUAGCUGUGUGCAAAAUGGGAUGCUGCACUCGCAAACAAAUACUGAGUCACUCCACUAAAUUCUCCUAA